GCGGCGAGAGCGUCGGGGACGGAGCAGACCACGACGAAGGCGCACAGGCAGCCGGGCCGGGCCGGGCCACGGGGAGAACGGCCGCCGGGAAGCGGGCGGGAGGCCGGGCGGGCAGCGAGCAGGCGCCGAGACGCGAAGCGACAUGGUGCUGCUCAAGGAGUAUCGAGUCAUCCUGCCUGUGUCUGUAGAUGAGUAUCAAGUGGGACAGCUGUAUUCUGUGGCUGAGGCCAGUAAAAAUGAAACAGGUGGUGGUGAAGGUGUGGAGGUCCUGGUGAACGAACCCUAUGAGAAGGAUGGUGAGAAAGGCCAGUACACACACAAGAUCUACCACCUGCAGAGCAAAGUGCCCACAUUUGUUCGAAUGCUGGCCCCAGAGGGAGCCCUGAAUAUACAUGAAAAAGCAUGGAAUGCCUACCCUUAUUGCAGAACUGUUAUUACAAAUGAGUACAUGAAAGAAGAUUUUCUGAUUAAAAUUGAAACCUGGCACAAACCAGAUCUUGGCACCCAGGAGAAUGUGCAUAAACUGGAGCCUGAGACGUGGAAACACGUGGAAGCAAUAUAUAUAGACAUUGCAGAUCGGAGCCAAGUACUUAGCAAGGAUUACAAGGCAGAGGAAGACCCAGCAAGAUUUAAAUCUAUCAAAACAGGAAGAGGACCCUUGGGCCCCAACUGGAAGCAAGAAGUUGUAAAUCAGAAAGACUGCCCGUACAUGUGUGCGUACAAACUGGUUACUGUCAAGUUCAAGUGGUGGGGCCUGCAGAACAAAGUGGAAAGCUUUAUACAUAAGCAAGAGAGGCGUCUGUUUACAAACUUCCACAGGCAGCUGUUCUGUUGGCUCGAUAAAUGGGUUGACCUGACCAUGGACGACAUUCGAAGAAUGGAAGAAGAGACGAAGAGACAGCUGGAUGAGAUGAGACAAAAGGACCCAGUGAAAGGAAUGACAGCCGAUGACUAAAGCCACCCCUUCCCCUUCUGCACUUUUUGCAAGACAUUGGUCAACAGGAAGGCCCAGCAGCUCCAUCCUCCCGAGUGACAGGCCAUCUUCGGACUCAGCCUUUCUGGGCCAUUCUACAGGCAACUCUCAAUCCCUCACUGUAGCUAAUUCUAGAUGCCCUUUAAUAUUGUGAACAAAUAGACCGUCUGGUAUUAUGAAGCAAGUGUGUGCAGGAGCCUGCUCCUCGGAGAUGUGUGGCGUGUAGGCCGCUGGAUUUACAGCUCCUGCCUCCCUCCCCAUUGUGUUCUGACCCACUUCUGUAUGUGCUCCACCCCCAAAUUUAUUUCCUAGUGACAUUUUUAGUUGUUCAAAAUAGCUCUCUUUUGUGAUGUGAUGAUUUAAAUGAUUUAAGUUUGUUUGUUUUCAACCUUGGGAUAAACUGAGUGUUUUGCCUCCUGGGCAGAUCAUCACAAAUUUGAGUGUUCACCUGGGGAGUAGGGGUGAGUUAGAAAUGCAGUUUUUUCCUCUGGUUCCACAGAAUACCAAUGUGGCUUCGUAACUCUGAUCUCUGUUCCCAGUAGCCCAUUGUUAGAGGGCUCUUGGCACCAGGGAGGCACCCAAGGCCCAGUCAGUCUGUAAGAAAAUUUAACAAAAUACAAAUAACCCCAACUCCAGGCACUGCACUUCUGGUCACUAUUCUUAGAAACAUCUAAGGCUUCUCAGCCCCCCUGUUGCCCAGUGUCUGAAUCUCUUUGCGGAAUCCGUAAUAUGCCCCAAUCAACUCUCCAUCUGCGGGCCUUGUCCAGCAUGGCUGUUAGAAGUGAGUCUGUCCCAUAUAUACUUGUCAGUCUGACCCACUGAAGGGCUCUGUAUGUUCCUCCUCGUCCCUUUUGGGUUGGUGCUGCCACUCAGCAAUAAUCCUCUUUUCUCUGUGUUUUUUUAGAUCCUUGUCCUCUGUCUUUGAGGCUAGUUAGGAUGCAAGAGCCCUGAUCUUUUCAUGCUGCACAUAAGAGCAUGCAAAAAGCUUCCUUCCCAGCAAAACAUAUUCCCUCUUGUCUUCAGGGUUGCUGGAAAGGAAUUUGGAGAUAAAGGACUCAAUGCAUCCUGUCCCCAUGCUGAAUUCUGUCCUGGACAAUCAAAUGCUAGUGAUUAUACUACACCAAAGUAGGCUGGUGAGGAAGGCCAGGCUUCAGGAGAAUGGAACUUGCUGAGGGGUUCACAGUUUCCUAUGACUUGGCAGAACCUGAGUAUGCCUUUCUGGUGGGAGACUCAAGAUAGCUGUGAUGCCACCUGACACUUCCCCUGGAAGCAUUGUGAAGUAUGUUGAUCUGAGUGUGCACUGAUCCACACUCAUGGUAGCCUGGGUGUACCUGCUAAUGAGAGACUGAAUCUCUGUUAAGAGAGCAAGAAGUAGGAUAGGAUGAUUUAUCCUCAUGCUUUUGUCAGUUUGCUUUGCCUUACUCAUUUCUAAGUGCAAUAAGGGAGUGUCUGACAGGAUUGCAUCUGUGAUACCCUGAUGGACGCUUCCCUGUGGCCCUCCUGGGGCUAGGGUAGACAUGUUCAGAUCCCUCAGGCUGGUCAGCUUUGACCUUCAUUGGAGUCCCAUUGGGACCAGGAUAUGUCUUUUUACAGACAUCUUCCUCUCUGUUAGUCUCCUCGCCUUGUGGGGUCUACAGUUAUAGAUCUAGGGCAUUUCAGUUGAUUAUUAUCUCAACUGCUGGUAGCAUUUAUUAGACUAGGAAAGAUGGAGAAGAGGCAUUCCUACUAGAAAAAAAAUGUAAAUGUUUUCCCGUAAGCUCUGUUUUAAUUCUUACAUUUGUGCUUAAAGAGUUCCUUUCUUCAUUCAUCAACUAGGCGAAAUCCAGAGGUGGAUUAUCCUGGGAGAAACAAACUGUGAUAUUCAAAGCAGACAGUUGUUUAUGUGCUUUGAGGGUCAGCAGAUGUUAAUGUCCUUCCUUCAGUUCCUCUUUGAGAUCCAGAAUAUCUCUUCAGCUCUGGUGGGGGCACUUUUCUCUGGAUCCUCCCACCUCCACCUGUUGCCCCAGUUUGACCUGGAAUAAAAGCAUCCAUAUGAGCAGAGCACACACCUAGAGGAGGGAGGUCCCUGGUCCAUUUCACCUCAUGGAUGGUGUUGCUGCUGGGCAACAGUGUUGGCUUCUUUUUAAGUACCCCCUUCCCUCCUCAGGGGUUGUACCUGAGGAUGUGCCACUCCCUUCUCCGACCAGCUGCUUCCAUUAGAUUUCCAGAGACAUGGUCCCAACUGGAAGCAGCAGUACCUCUGUAGGAGGGGUGCUGGGCUCAUUCUUCUUAUGGAGAAAGUUCAGGGGACAGGGUGAGUAUUGUGGGCACGUGUAUAUCUUCCCAAGUUCUCUUACAGCCCCUCCUGGGACUCCCUGCCUUUUUUUGGUUGGUUCCUUGUGGCACUUCUUUUACAAAACUUUGUAGACUUGAUUAGAAUACCUUGUUUAUUUAAUGUGAGUUUGUGCCUUUUUGUCUGAAUCUUCCAAUACAGGUAUAUUGGGGAAAAAAGCAGUCUAAUAAAAUCUUAGACAGAG